AUGGGCUGUGCCCCUAAUGCUUCACAUUCCCCAGUUUUCUUGCUUCUCGUGUUCUCAGGAGCUGAAGUCCCCCCCAUUGUCCUCUUUGUCCUAUUCCUGGCUAUUUACCUGACCACGAUGAUGGGGAAUGUGACUUUAGUGCUGCUCAUCUCCCGGGACUCCAGGCUCCAAUCACCUAUGUACUAUCUGCUCCGAGGUCUCUCGGUGAUAGACAUGGGGCUGUCCACAGCCAUUCUGCCCCAGUUGCUGGCCCAUCUGGUCACUCAUGACCCAGUCAUUCCUGCUGCCCGCUGCCUGGCUCAGUUCUUCUUCUUCUAUGUGUUUGGCGUUACAGACACACUUGUUAUUUCUGUCAUGGCUCUGGAUCGAUACAUGGCCAUCUGUGACCCUCUGCACUAUCAUUCAAUGAUGAAUCGCCAAUGCUGUGCCCGCUUACUGGCCUUGUGUUGGGUGGUGUCUGUGGUGCACACCAUGCUGCAUGUGGGACUCCUCUUGCCUCUCUCCUGGGCUGCGGAUGCUGAAGGCAAUGUUCGCCUUCUCCACUUCUUUUGUGACCACCGACCACUUUUGCGAGCCUCUUGCUCUGACAUCCAUCCCAAUGAGCUGGCCAUAUUCUUGGAGGGAGGCUUCCUCAUGAUGGGCCCUUGUGCCCUCAUUGUACUCUCCUAUGUCCGCAUUGGGGCCACCAUCCUACGUUUGCCCUCAGCAGCCGGUCGCCGCCGUGCAGUCUCCACCUGCGGGUCCCAUCUCACCAUGGUUUUCUUUUUCUAUGGCACCAUCAUCUGGGUCUACUUCCAGCCUCCUUCCCAGAACUCUCAGGACCAGGACAUGGUGGCUUCUGUGAUGUACACGUCCAUUACACCUUUGGCCAACCCUUUUGUGUACAGCCUUCGCAACAAGGAUGUCAAGAGUGCACUCCAUAGGCUGCUUAGAGGAGGGAGGGUGGCCUCCUGA